AUGGGCCUCACAAGAGGAUUUGAGGUCAAAGUUGCUCUACUUUUGGGUCUGGCGGCUUUGUUCUCAUUCGGGGCCAAUGGUGCAUCUGAAUCCCUUGGCGCACGUCGUGGCCUUGCAGACGCUGCUGCUACGGUUUUUGACGUUACAAAUGAUGGCGCUAAUCCGGAAUCGGAUGGCAGCACCGACAGUGCUUUGCUAGAUUGA